AUGAUGCGCAAAAAAGAAGCAUAUACCCAAAUCACGCCCAUCCCCUCCAACGUACCCCGCCAACUAGCCCUGGACAUUCUCCACAGCCACAGCGAAAUCAUCACCCUGAACCCGCUGGUCCUCUCGCACCGCCCGAUCAAAGCGCCCCGAGAUGCAGCCUCGGACGAAUACUACUCAACCUGGUACGAGAUCACCGAACGAGUGCAAUACCUGCCCGGGCUGGGCAAGAUGGGGUCGGGCAAGAUAAGCUUCAAGGGCUGUUUCCACGACACAGCCUGGGGCCUGCAGACACACAUGUACGCACCGAUGAGCAUAGACCUGCAGAGCAAAUGGCGCAUUGCCGGCAACCAGCCCGACGAAACGCCCGAUCUGGAGGGGCGGGAGCCGCGCUCUGCAGGCGCGCCUGCGAACGGACUGUACCUGCGUGAGGAUGUGGAGAUCUCGUGCAAUUUGACGCUGAUGUCGUUUGUCAAGGGCCAGUUGAAGGCUGCGUCGAAGGUUCUUGUUGAUCGAUUGAUCAAGAAGGCCGAGCUGCUUGAUGCGGGCGUGUUGCAGGCGAUGAUGGAGGAUGGAAAGCUGAGGACGUUUAACCCGGCUGAUCGGUCGAGUUUGAUUAUGUCGCCGUCGGUGAGGUCUGCGGAGCGAGAGAGGAGGAGGAGGUCGUCCAGGUGGUCCUCGCAGACGUCAGAGUGUGAUUAUGAGAAUGAGCAUGGGAGCCAGGGCAGUCAGGGGAGGGGCUCGGUCUCUGGGCUGAAGAAGUAUUCUUUGCCGUCCAGAUAUAGUCAGGAGCAGAAGAGUUUCAUUGCGGAAUUACCGGCGGAUUCUUAUCAUCCCAUGUCUAGUCCUGGGACUGAGCAUUAUGCUGAGCUGCCGAGUCCGGAUACACGGGUGUCUUCGCAUCGGUACGAUGGAUUUCCUGCUGAGCUUCCUCAGUAG